CUUAUUCUUGUCCUCGUAGAGCGAUGGCCGACUUUGAACCAGUUUUUCCUCCCACUCUCGCUCUUCCGACUCUCAACAGCCUCGGCAUCUCCGAUGUCAAGAAGGAGACCGACUCGUCCAUCGAUGCCCUCGACGUCGCUAGGGAGUGGUUCUCCUCCUUCUCUCAGGCUUUGUCAAACUCGGAUGUCUCCACUCUCAUCUCGCUUCUCUUACCCGGCCAAAAUGUCUUUUGGCGCGACAUACUUUCUCUGACCUGGGACUACCGUACCUUCUACGGAGAGGAUAAAGUGAAGACGUUCCUGAACGAUCGUCUCAAGCAGUCAAAUGUACACGACUGCGCUCUUCAGGAGAAAUGGGUCGCACUGGAGAGGCCCUACGACGACUUACUCUGGAUCCAAGCUCUUUUCAAGUUCAAGACCUCAAUCGGAACCGGCUCCGGCGUCUUUCGUCUCGUUCCCACUCCGUCACCCACGCCUGGACAAUACAUCUGGAAAGCCCAUACCAUCUACACUGCUCUCGAAUCCCUCUCCUCCUACCCCGAGCUCUCGGGACCGCACCGCCUGUCCAACCCCAACCACGGUCAUUGGCCUUCUGAUCGCCGUAAGGAACUCGACUGCAGGCCGGAGGAUGGCGAGGAGCCAAAGGUCAUCGUCAUAGGGGCUGGUCAGAGUGGACUAGAGAUCUCGGCGAGGUUGAAGUUUCUAGGCGUGAAGACACUUACGAUAGAGAGACAGGCGAGAGUCGGGGAUCAGUGGAGGACAAGAUACGAGGCCUUAUGUUUGCACGAUCCAGUCUGGUACGAUCAUAUGCCAUAUAUCCCUUUCCCUCCAACUUGGCCCGUCUUCACGCCUGCUCCUAAGCUCGCCGAUUGGCUCGAAGGCUACGCUCGGUGCCUCGAGCUCAAUAUAUGGACGUCAUCCACGGUCACCUCGGUAACUCAAGAUCACAACACCAAGAUCUGGACGAUCACCAUCCUACGGGGCAACUCCGGUAAUCCAGAACAAAGAACGUUCAAGGUCAAACAUCUUGUCUUUGCUCUGGGAUGGGGAGGAGGAACACCGUCGAUGCCAAAAUAUCCCGGGAUGGAUGAGUUCAAGGGAAAGGUCUUCCAUUCGUCGCAGUUUGGGAGUGCGAGAGAUCAUGUAGGCAAGAAGGUUGUGGUUGUUGGGGCUUGUACUUCUGGUCACGAUAUCUCGGCCGACUGCUAUAAACACGACAUCGAUGUCACGAUGUAUCAACGAAGUGAGACCUACGUUAUGUCCACCAAGCACGGACUACAUAUUCUUCUUUCCGAUCUGUACUCCGAGCACGCACCACCUACAGAAAUCGCCGAUAUUAUACACGCUUCAUACCCACUGCACCUCAUCCAUCUUGUACAUCAGCGGAAGACGAAAGAUCUUGCUGAAGCGGACAAGGAACUCUUAGAUGGUCUUCGAAAGCGUGGAUUCAAACUUGGGUGGGGGAACGAAGGUUCCGGAUUCCUGCUGCUCGCGUUCACGAAGGGCGGAGGAUAUUACCUCGACGUCGGCACAAGCAAACUCAUAGCAGACGGCAAGAUCAAACUCAAGAACGAUAGCCCUAUCUCCACCUUCACACCCACUGGCCUCAAAUUUGAGAACGGAACGACCCUCGACGCCGACGUCGUCAUCUUUGCUACUGGGUAUACGAAUGUCAGAGAUCCGAUUGAAAAGCUGUGCGGAAAGGAAGUGACGAGUAAGCUGAAGACGAUAUGGGGAUUGAAUGAGGAGGGGGAGAUCAGGUCUGCAUGGAGAGACACGGGCGUGGAGGGGCUGUAUGUCAUGAUGGGAAAUCUGGCCCUUUGUCGAUAUCAUUCUAAACAUCUAGCCCUCCAAAUCAAGGCGAUGGAAGAGGGCGUGUUCGGAGAGAGAUACAGCUCAGCGAUUUAA